AUGACAGGCCCAUCAGCUCUCGCUUCACCUCACGCUUCACCUCACGGUCCUGGCCACAGACCUCCUCCUCCAUCACUUGCACCGACGACCUCCGCUUUUCCUGCGCCAGGAUUGUCAGAGCCAGAGCCAACGCCAGAGCCAGACCACCACCAUCAUGCCGAUCCGCCGCGGACCAUCCUGACAUUUUCCGACGUACCGACCGACCUACUCCAGCUCCAUCCGCUCCAUGAACGUCGCAUCGACGCCAACAACAACACCGCACAUAUCAAUUCCUCGCUACCGCCCAUUAAGCCGCCCACUCAUCAGGCCCGCAAACCGUCGCCCGGCUUAGCAGCGCGUCUCAAGGCGUUGGGUUUCGGCUCUGCCAGGCAAUCCUCCCCUUCACCAACUCCAUCUCAGAACGAGCGCAUCGGCCGACUGCCCGAGGACCAGCUACGAUUACUCGAUAUAACACAUCAGUCAAACUCUGCGGGGCUAGUUGUCGAACGACGCGGUCGCCCCUGGAAGGGUGCUGGCGCCCCCCUUCAGCUGCUACGAUCCAGGUCGAGUCGCGACUCGUUUCGCGACUCGUUUCUGAAAAGGGACGACCAGGAAAGCGUGCCACUGCCCGAGCAGCCCGGCUCUCUGUCCAGGCCUGAGCUUCUGCCCGAGAUAACAGAAUCUCCGCCAUUGGACAUGGACACCAACAAGUAUAGGUUGCCCGACCACACCAACGGAAACGGCACGAAAGCAACCCUAGAUACCCGCCGCGAACACAUCGAGCGAGACACGCGCGCACCAGGUCCCGAAGUCGAGACUCCGCCACCACCACCGUUGCCGAAAGAUACGCCGCCCGAAGAAAACGCUCCUUCGGACUAUGUCCCCGACCUAACGUCAUACUUCAACCCGCUCGGCCUGCAGCGCCCUGGGUCCAUCUAUACCAUAUCCCGCGCCUCUUUUGCCAACCAGCUGGCCCAGUUGACCGCCCUGCAACUACCAGAUGCGGAAUUGUUGUCCAGUAAGGUUGCUGCCAUACCUACGGCUCAAGCCGCCGCCAAGGCACUGAUAGGUGCCGCCGAGCAAAUACGGAGCUGGAUAUCGAAAGCAUCAGAGGUCAUUGGAGGCCUCGACAGCGAUGAUGACGUCGAAUGGGCAGCUGCAGGUGGUAGAGAGGGCUACGAGGAGGUCGAGAAUGCCAUCACCAGAUUUGAGGAACUCAUCAACGUCUACGUGGGCGCCAUCGAGGAGCUUCAAAACCGCCGCGACAUUGCUAGCGUGUCCAACGAGGACUUACAAAGGGCUGUCAUGCAGAUGGAAUCCAUCAUGAACGAAUGGAGGAAUAUCCGCACGACACUGAACAGCACCAAGGGCCAAGUUGAGACCGCCAUGGAAUGGGAAGAGCUGUGGGGCAUGGUUUUAGGCGACAUCCAAAACGAAAUGGACGAACUGAGCCGUCUGAUCUUCGAGAUGGAGGAACGGCGCCACAAGUCCAUCAUGGCGGUCUCCAAUGGCGACAGUGUCGAUAUUGGCGAUCUGGAGACCAUUGUCGAAGAGACCCCUCCCGCCGUUGCGCGUAACAACCGCUUCAGCCUGCCCGCGUUUCCUCACAGUCCCAGCUCUCCGGGGACCCCCAGCUUGAACCAGGAUGAUUCGAGCCUGCUCGCCUUGUUUGCAAGAAUGCAGCCUCUCAGGGCUUCACUAGACUUCCUGCCCAUGAGGCUCUCUGUGUUCGACGCAAGGGCCUCCGGAGCCUUUCCUACGGCCUGCGAAGAGCUUGAGAUGAGAAGAGAGGGCCUCGAAGCCAGCUACAAGAAACUCGAGAAGGACGCCGACUCGUUGAGGAAAGAGCUUGGCGAGGACAAAUGGGUUCUUGUCUUCCGCGGCGCGGGCAGGCAAGCCCAGAAGAUGAUUGAGUCGGUGGAUUUCAGUAUGGCAAAAUUGCGAGAGGGUGUGGACCAGGGCCUCCAGCUAUCAAACCCCGCCGUCAUGAGUAAGAAGAUCGAAAGCUACGAGGCCAAGAAGACGCAUUAUGGGCCAGCAAUUGAGCGUGUACUAUCGAUCAUCGACAAGGGCGUCAAGGACAGACUUACUGUCAACGGCGAGAUAUUGCGAUUACACGCCGAGAUGCAGUCUAAAUGGGAAGACUUGAGGCGACAGAUCAAAGACAUGGACAUUACGAUGGAGGAAAUCGAUAAAAAGGGGGAACAGCUCCGGGACUCUAUCUCAAGCAUGCUCUCGAACGACAGGUCCACCAUUGCUAGCGGUAGAGACACCCCAGGCAGCUCACCCCCGUCGUCUGUUACUAUGUCUACUCUUGGCCUCGAUCCCAUUACUCCGUCGGCCAAGGGUAAGGGCAAAGAGCGCUCCAGCGUAGGAAGUAGCCUUCCCCAGCCUUCGUCGGCAAGGAGAAGCGGGUCAGGCUUAACAGCAUCCUCACGGCGAACUAUCGGGUCGCGGCUGUCUACAUUGUCGGGCAACUCGAAUCUGUCAACUCCACCUCGGAGUGGCUCAGCGACGCCACUCGGUUCGAAUAUUCCAAGAUCGGCUUCGAGCAUGUCGGACAGCCGCCCACGCUGGAAUGGUUCUACCAACACCAUCAACUCCGAUAUUGGCCAUAACUUCAAGCCUCUGACGCUGACUACGCCGAGCCCGUACGCCAAGAGGAGCCCUACGCCUGUGCGUUCUGGGUUAGCGAUCACUCCAGCGUCCCGGGAGUCCAAACUGCCGCUGCGGAGUCCGCUGGCGAGAGAAUCUUCAGCAUCUCCUAUACCUGAGGAUACGCCUUCUAAGAGGGGCGUACCUGGGCUUUCCUUCCGCGAACGAAUCGCUGCCGCUUCUCCCGGUCCACACGCCCAGCAGGCACUACCAAAACCGAGACAGCGAUUGGCAUCACAAGCGUCCACAUCUGCUAUCGAUAAUCGGAGGGCUUCGCUCCAGCCGCCUAGAGGACUGGAUGUGUCCUCUAAUAUCAAGCCGAGGUCUGUGAGUUCCAUGGCACCAAAUCGACGUACCAGUAUGCUACCUCAACCUAAGGCGAAGGAGGAUACCAUUACUGGUCGUCGAAGCGCAGCGGGAUCUCGCACCACAAUAAGCAGAGAAAGCACUGCUGCGGAUGACCAUAAACCACCACGUUGGCGCUUCUGA